AUGGUCGACCGGCCGGGGGACGCUGACGGGAGAACCACGCCGGAGUCGGGCGCGAAGACGACGCUGGAGUCGGUCGUCAAGGCGCACGAGACAGUGUUCAGCGACGGACUGGGGAAGAUGUCGAUGAAGGCCCACCUCACGCUGAAGCCUGACGCGCGUCCGGUGUACAGGAAGGCCAGGCCUGUGCCGUACGCCCUCAUGCCUCUAACUGACAAGGAAUUAGAGCGCUGGAUCACGGAGGGAGUCGCAGGGAAGGUUGACCCAGAACAGAGACCGUCAGGCUGGGGGACCCCGCUGGUCCCAGUGCUGAAGCCCAACGGUCAGGUCAGGUUGUGCGCAAACUACAGCCUGAAAGUGAAUCCACUGCUCCGGGUGGAUCCGUACCCACUGCCUGCGCCAGAGGACCUAUUCGCGAACAUACGAGGUCGAGUGUUUGCAAAGCUGGACUUCCGGCGGGCAUACGAGCACAUGGAGCUGGACGAGACGUCACGGGACCUCACCACGGUGACAACGCACCGCGGCUCGUUCCGGAUGGUCCGUAUGCCGUAUGACAUCGCCAGCUGCGGCUUCCUGUUCCAGCAGGCAAUGGACAAGGUGCUGGAGGGACUGCCGGGCUGCGUGUGCUACAUUGAUGACGUUCUCAUCGCAGCGGAAGACGGGGCAGAGCUGGUGACACGGCUGGACCGGGUCCUGACUCGGCUGGAGCGCCACGGCCUCCGGCUAGAACGCUCAAAAUGCACUCUCGGGUUUGGGCUCCGGAGCUUCAGCAGGUUCCUGUUCGGCCGGAAGUUCACUCUCACCGUGGACGAUCGGGCCCUGUCCCGGAUCCUGAGCCCCGAGCGCGACCUCCCCGGUCUGACCGCGGCACGUCUGCAGCGGAUCGCCAUGGAACUGGCAGCAUACCAGUACAGCGUAGAGCUACGCGGAACGGCAGACAUGGCGCUCGCGGACAGUCUAUCGCGGAUGGCGCUGCCGUGCAGCGGGAACGAGCGGGCGGAGGCGGACAGGGAGGUGGCGGGAGUCCACUUGUUGUUCAUGGACGGCGUGGGAGCGCCGCUGACAGCCCGCGAGAUCGAAAACGCCAUCAGGCGCGACCCGCUGCUGGCGAAGGUGCUUAUGUAUAUAAGACACGGAUGGCCGACAGAGACGGAGCCGGGGUUGGCGCCGUUCCGACACCGGGAGGUGGAGCUGUCCACAGACCACGGCGUGGUACUGUGGGGAGGCAGAGCGGUAAUACCCCAGAGGCUGCGGUCGCGAGUACUGCAGGAGCUGCACAUCGGACACCUCGGCAGCGCCAAGAUGAAAGGAGUGGCGCGCCGGCUCGACCUCGUGCACCCAAGCAUCACACGAGAUGUACAAGAGAAACAGCAAGACCAGAGGGAGGCGGCGGGAGGAAGGUCGUGCCAGUUCAGGGUAGGCCAGACCGUGUGGGCGCGGACAUAUGGCGGCCCCGACGGUGGCGGCGCGGCGAAGUGGCUGUAG